AUGGUUCUUUAUGCAGCGGUAUUAAAGCCGUAUAGUGUUUUCCAUGAUGUUAGCGGUGGUGGUGAUGAUUACGAUGAUGGUGUUGUUGUUGGUGUAGGUGGUGGUGGCGUGGUGAUGGUGGCGGCGGUGGUUGCAAAUGAGAUAAAUGAUAUCACAUGUGAACGGAAUGGGAUUCAGGCUCAGGUGAUUAGUCAUCUACUUGUUCACCUGGACUGGAUUCCGCCCAAUACGGAGAGCAACGAUUUAGGCAAAUGA